AUGUCUGCUGCCUUCUUGUCUUUGGUGGCCUGGAGCCGUCAUCUUGCAUACAGUUCCCAUGAUGCAGCAUUUUCGCUUUUGCAAUGGUUCCGUCGAGUGCAUGGUUUUUCCGCUGCUCUGCCUGAGGUGUCAGCUAAGGCUGCAACAGCUGCAGCUAGGCGCAGCAUGCCAUUACUGCAGCUACCAACUCCCUUUGAGUCUGAAUUGGAGGAGGUCCUCGCCGAGCGUGGGCUGAAGCCGCGGGAUGCGCGGCGGCUGGGUCAGGAGCUGGCAGAGCGUCUAAAGUCGCUCAGCCACACGCCCCAGCGCGGCGGCUUUGGGCCCCCAAGCAGCACGGAGCCGCUGCCGCCUCGUGGUGGCCGGCUGCGGGGCCCUGAGCUGCUGGCGGCCCGUGAGGCGCUCGAGGCGGGCCAGAUCCUCUUAAUGGAUGAGCGGGCAGUGAAUGCGGCCUUGGGCCUGCCGCCACCGCUGCGCGGCGAUGAGCGACAUGGUAAUGUGCUGCGUGGGGUAUUUGAGGGGGCUGCCUCCGAGGGAAGGGCUCCUGCCCCGCAGAUGCAGAAGAUUGCUCCCAAGUACAAGACCGAGCCCGAGAUCCUGGCCUACGUGGUGGCUCGCCUGGCGCCCGAGUACGCGGUGUGUCGCCGCGUGCUGCAUGAGGCGGUGCGGCUGCUGGAGGCGGCAGGGGCGCUGCCUGGCGCGGCGGCGGUUGAGUGGCGGCCGCGGGAGGUGCUGGUGCACGGCGCGGGCGUCGGUGCGGCGGUGGUGGCAACGUUGGAGGCUUUCGCGACCAGUCGCUCCCUCUUGCGGCUGGUGGCCCUGGAGCCCAGUCACCUGCGCCAGGUGCUGGGGGCUCGAGUGGAGCGAGCGUACCGGGCGAAACAGCAGCAACAGCAGCAGCAUGUACUGAGUGAUCGUGAUGAGGUGUCGUUAACACAUCAACAGCAGGAGCAGCAGCAGGCUGGAGGAGGAGGAGAUGGUGCUCCACGCAGCCGGGCGGUAGCUGGGGCCGCCGAUUCUGGGUCUGAAGACCGGGCGGCAAGGGGGAGGGGAAUGUCAGGCAGGCAGCAGCUACCGGCGGGGCCAGUGGUCAGCUGGGUGCAGACGUUGCCGCCCCUGACCAAGGCCGCGGGUGCGCAGCGCAGGAGGUACGACUUGGUCAUCGCGCCUUAUCAACUUACUGUACUGCCAACGGUCGAGGAGCGAGAGCGUCUGGUUCGGGAGCUGUGGGACAGGUGCGGUGAUGUGCUGGUGCUGGUGGAGCCGGGGACCCCCCGCGGCUUUGCGGCCUUAGCGGAGGCGCGGGAGCUGCUGCUGGGGCGGGAGGGCCGGAAGCGCGCGCAGCUGGAAGCCGCCGCUGGCGCCACCUCGGGCGGUUCAAAGUCAGGGUCGGGGCAACACCGGCUACCGAGCCACGGUGGAGGAGGGACCGACCCGCGGGUCGCUAUCAAGCUUCGGAGCGCGGGCGCGCACGUGGUUGCUCCGUGUCCGCACGACGGUAUCUGCCCGAUGCAGGUAGUGGUGGGAAGCAAGCGCCACUGGUGUCACUUCAGUCAGUCGCUGCAGCUGCCGGCCUUCAUGCAGAGAGCCAUGGCACCCCCGGGCGGCAAGGCGCUCGGCCGCAAUAGAGCACUCAACGUGCAAGAUGAGCGCUUCAGCUACGUCAUCUUGCGGCGGGGGCCCAGGCCCAACUUCCGGGUGGCCAUAUCGCGUGACUUUGAUGACGGCGGCGCCGCUGGGACGAGCAACCUGGCGUCGUCGCCGCCGCCACCAUCCAGACUGCCGCCGCGUGUCGUACUGAACCAAAUCAUGCUGGAUCGCGCCGCGGCAGCGGCGGUGGCGAGAGUGGGAGCGCCUUCUGCCGCGGCUUUGGCGGCGGAUGGAGGCGUGGGCCCUCUACCUGGCACCGGUAUCGUUGACGUCAGCAAACGGCCAGCCGUGUCACGCCGUACACCUCUAUUCAGCGCCUCGCCUCCACCGCAGAGCAGCCCUGCAGACGACAGCCCCCAGCCCACUGCCGCCGUCCCGCCGCAGCCGCCGCCGCCCGCCCCGACUGUCGCCGACUCCGAUAUGCAUCCCGUCGGGACGCUGGAUGUGACGGUGCAGCCGGCGAUGCCGGCCGCGGCGGAGGCAGUUUCACCUCCGCGGCCGCGGGCGCGCGGCGGCUCCUCUUUCGGCGGUGCCAUUGGCGCCGGCCGCGUCGAUGGCGGCGGUACUGGCGGUGGUGGUGCUGACGUUGGCGGCGAGGCGGGUGGCGGAGUCGAAUGGGCAAGUCUUGGAGGAAAGGGAGACGAAUCAAGCUACGCCGAUGCAGCGGAGGAGGAAGCAGCACUGGAGGGCGCGGACGCGGGCACGAUCGAAUCAGAGGAUGACGAUGGUGGUGACGAUAGUGGUGACGAUAGUGGUGACGGCAGCAGCUCCCGCAGAGCCCCCGGACUGGAUGCCGCAGUGGCAGAACUGUUCAUGUCGCACCUAGCGGGCCCAACAGCGUUAGCAGCUAAUGGUGGUGAUGGAGGAGGAGGAGGAGGAGGAGGAGAUGCAGUGCCCGCGAUCGGCCAACGGUGUCGCCAGGGCGGUGUAGCCUCCGCGGAUUCCACUCGGGUUGCUCCUGCUGCUGCUGCUGCCGACCGGGGUUUCGGAGCAGGAGCAGGAGCCCUCCGACAGGAUCUGGAUCUGGAUAUGAGUCUAUCUUCUCCGUGCCUACACCAUUCUGGGGCGGCUGCUUCCGCGGCGUUCCCCUCGUACGGCAGCCAGCAGCAACAGCGGCUGACCCGUGCUGAUGUUAGCAGCGAGGAGUACGACAGGGUGGAGCUGCAGCUCGUGGAUCGCAUCUACGGAUCCGCGGCGGCGCGGGUGUGGCCAACUGCCGCUAACCGACGCGACCGUGCCGACAGCACCGGCCCCGGGAGCCCCGGGCCAACAGGGGCCAGUGCGACUCGCGUGGGAAGCGUGAGUGCGGACAAUGGCCUGGAGGAGGAGGAGGAGGAGGAGGCGGCGGAGGUCGAGGAGGAGUUCAGACAGCACGUCACUGCGCGGCAAGCUGACGGUCAUCAUCUCCAGCAGCACCAGCAGCAGCAGGAGGAGGAGGUGGAGGAGGAGGUGGAGGAGGAGGGUUCUGCCCCCUCGCCGGGCCCGGGCACCACCACCCCCGCCACCACGAGUGGGGCACUGCAGGCCGCCGAGGCGUCGUCGUACGUGUGGGGGCGCCUGGUCCGGUCACCUCGCUUGCGAGGGGGCCACGCCAUUCUGGACAUGUGUGUGGGGCCCCAACACCACUACCCGGACGAGGGGGGUGACAUGGGGGGGGAAGGAGCUAACACUACCGGCAACUCCUCGGCCACCUCUACUGUCGCCGCCGCUUCCGCUGCUGGCGCGGUUCGUACGACAGGCUGUGUGGAUGGCGGUGUCGCCGUGGAGGCGGAUCUGUGUCAGCCACUGAGCUCAGGGCGGCCUGAGGGGCGACUGGUGCAGCAGGUGGUGGCCAAGUCAUCUCGCCGCGGCUGGAUGGGCGCCCCCGCCUACCGCCUGGCUCGGGGGCUGACCUGGGGGGACUGCUGGCCGGACUGGUACAUCCGCGGCCACAACACCCGGGAGACGACGGCGCCGCCGCGGAUCACUGCAUCUGCAGGAAGGGCUGUUGGCCUUGGUUGGCCAGUGCUCAAGAGGUUACAGCUUGCUGCUUGCCCCUCCCUCUUCUCGUUGUGCUUCCCGUUUUCGUUCUUCGCCGCCCACCUGGUGGUGGUGGUGGUGGUGGUGGUGGGGAUGGGGAUGGGCCGAGAAUUUAUCCUUGGGUGA